AUGGGACAAGCUCAAACUCGACUUGCGGACGAAGACCCCGAGGAAGCAAGCCGACGACGAGAGUCGUUUCUUCCCCAGGCGCCGCCCAAGAAACCCAAGGUGCCCCCUCCCUACGUAUCCGAUCCCAUGAUGCUCCCCAGCGACUCCAGCACCAUUGACAGCAGUGCGUCGCUCGAUAAUCUCGACAACUACGAACUUCUGCAAGUUGUGGGUAGUGGAGCUUUCAGUAAAGUGAGAGUAGUCAGGCAAAUGACCACCAACAAUGUAUACGCUCUGAAGUACUCUGUCCGAGAAGAUAUCGUCAAGCUGGGCCGGACACAAUUGAUGCUCAACGAACGCCGAAUCCUGCUGCGACUGCAGCACCCAUUUCUGUGCAAUCUUCACCAGACCUUUUGCGACAGCGAGUAUCUCUACACACUGCUGGACCUCAUGACCGGUGGAGAUCUCCGAUGGCAUAUUGAACGCAAGACCUUUUCUGAGGCCACCAUCCGCUUCUGGGUGGUCGAGGUGGCCUGUGCUGUGGCCUAUUUGCACGAAAAGGGCGUUGUCCACCGAGAUAUUAAACCAGACAAUAUCAUGCUGGAUGAACUGGGACACGCUAGACUGGGAGACUUCAACGUGGCUUGUAUGCUGCCGUAUGGAGAGUACAAGACCGACAGCGGUUGUGGAACCAUUGGCUACAUGGCACCCGAGGUGGUCAGAGCGAAAUACAACCAUCUGGUCGACUGGUGGAGUUUGGGUGCGGUCUUCUACGAAUGUCUGUAUGGAACAGUGCCCUACAGAUACCACUCUACUGACGAAUAUCGACGAAUGAAGCUCAAGGAACACUCGAACUUGUUCCCCGUGACCCAACCUCAAGUCAGUAUGGCUGCCAUUGAAGCUCUGGAUUUGCUGUUGACAGUAGAGGCUCAGUACCGCCUGCAUGACGUGGACCAGCUGCUGCAACUCAGCUACUUCCGGGGAUUCACUCGACUGGGACUCGAGAAAAAGCUCUACUCUCAACACAUGGACAAGGGAGUCAUGAAGGAAGGAAUUGGAGGAACCAACUGGCAGGGACCGGUUUUUGUGCCUGACGCAGACGAACUCAACUACGACGAGAGUCUUGAUGUCGAGGAGCUACUCAUGCUGGACCGAAGUCUAGUAAACGACCGAGCCCAGGGUUUCAAGAGAAAGAAGUGGACGUCGUCAAACCGUGGUCAGGUCAUUCUCGACGAGGAGUACGUGCCGUUCGAACGCAAGGCAUCUCUCAAUACGAGCAUCUCGGCAUGUGACCUGGUCACACGAAACUGGGGCAACAGAAACCUUAGCGGUAAAAGCAAAGUCGCCGGUAAACGACGAAGCGGGCCUGAGAGCGGAGUGGUCGCUAUGGGAAAGGCCGGUAAGGGUUCCAGAGUACAGCCCAUCAAGCAGUAA